CGACAAGUCGAGAUGGCCGCGAUGCGACCUGCGGGGUACUCGAAGAAGGACUCGGAGCCCUUCGGGAAGAAGAAGCUUGGACGCAAUGUCGAAGCGUUCAUCGCGCGAGAAGAGCAGCUUUCCACAGCCAUGCGGAACACCAAGAUUUCAAACCACAUCAAAGGCAGGGCCGUAUGGGAAGACAAGCAGGGAAAGAGAGGCGUCACCUACACGCGCCAGCGCGUUGACAAGCAAAUCACCGAAGAGAUCGAAAUGGCCAACCGCGAAUUGCUCGCGAUUCGAACCGAGCGCAUCAAGGCAUACUACACCAAGUGCUACAUGGAGUGGGAACGCGCGCUGAAUGCUCGAGGACUCGCUUUGGUGCGGGAGCGCGACUAAGACGUUGGAUGCAUAAGCCUCUGCCACGCAUGAAAGGGACAUGUAUAUGUGCAAAGGUCUGGAUUGUUGCCGUCGCAUGCCCUGGACGCCAUGCACAUUCCACGUGAGCAGUGGGCGGCGAUCCGCACGGGUAUAUAACAUAUAUAACAAAGUUGCAAUCUGGGUGA